GAGCUGAGCGGCGCGAGGAGAUGCGAGAGGGCGCCGCGCCGCCAGCAUCAUGCGCCCCCCGCCCGCUCUGGCCCUGGCUGCGCUCUGCCUGCUGGCGCUGCCCGCCGCCGCCGCCGCUGCCUACUUCGGGCUGACGGGGCGGGAGGUCCUGACGCCCUUCCCAGGGCUGGACACCCCCGAGGCCCCGGUGCAGGGCGGGGCCCACCUGAAGCAGUGUGACCUGCUGAAACUGUCCCGCCGCCAGAAGCAGCUGUGCCGAAGGGAGCCCGGCCUGGCGGAGAGCCUGAGGGACGCCGUGCACCUUGGCCUGCUCGAAUGCCAGUUCCAGUUCCGGCUCGAGCGCUGGAACUGCAGCCUGGAGGGGCGGACUGGCCUGCUCAAGAGAGGUUUCAAGGAGACGGCCUUCCUGUACGCAGUGUCCUCGGCUGCCCUCACGCACACGCUGGCCAGGGCCUGCAGCGCUGGCCGCAUGGAGCGCUGCACCUGUGACGACUCCCCCGGCCUGGAGAGCCGGCAGGCCUGGCAGUGGGGCGUGUGUGGAGACAACCUCAAGUACAGCACCAAGUUCCUGAGCAAUUUCCUAGGACCCAAGAGAGCGAGCAAAGACCUGCGGGCCCGGGCAGACGCCCACAACACCCACGUGGGCAUCAAGGCUGUGAAGAGUGGCCUCCGGACCACGUGCAAGUGCCACGGGGUGUCGGGCUCCUGCGCCGUGCGCACCUGCUGGAAGCAGCUUUCUCCAUUCCGGGAGACCGGCCAGGCGCUCAAGCUGCGCUAUGACUCGGCUGUCAAGGUGUCCAGCGCCACCAACGAGGCCUUGGGCCGCCUGGAACUGUGGGCGCCUGCCAGGCCGGGCAGCCCCCCCAAAGGCCUCGCCCCCAGGCCCGGGGACCUGGUCUACAUGGAGGACUCGCCCAGCUUCUGUCGCCCCAGCAAGUACUCGCCGGGCACGGCGGGCAGGGUGUGCUCCCGGGAGGCCAGCUGCAGCAGCCUGUGCUGCGGGCGGGGCCAUGACACCCAGAGCCGCCUGGCGGCCUUCUCCUGCCACUGCCAGGUGCAGUGGUGCUGCUACGUGGAAUGCCAGCAGUGCCUGCAGGAGGAGCUGGUGUACACCUGCAAGCACUAGCCCGUGCCAGCUGCCGGCCGGCCACUGCCCGACCUCUGUGGCACC